AUGCAUUUGCUUGCCUAUCCACCUACAUUUUCUAUCUACAUCAAUUUCCUUACACCAUCCACAUACAAAGCAAAUGUGACUGCACAUACUACUGGAAGGCUUUUGUUAGACUCUCUUCAAUUUUGUGUAAUGGAAAACAAUCCCAUGUAUAAACUAACUUACAAUGACAAGGUCAUACGUAAUGACGAAACGCUUGAAAAAUUGGGAAUCAAGGAAGGUGACAAAAUCUUUGCAAUAGAGAGUAAAUAUCCAUUAUCAAUGCUGACAAUGCCAAAACGGAUUGUCCCAGAAUCAAUACAACUUUAUAUAAAAACUCCUGCAGGAAAAGUUAUAACACUAAUAUUAUCUUCGAGUGACUUCAUCGAGAUCAUUAUUCAAAAGAUUCAAGAAAAAGAAGGCAUUCCCCUUGAUCAACAACAAAUUUUCUUCAAUGGAAGAAUAUUGAAGUAUGGGUAUACGUUGGCAUUUUACAAUAUUCAUACAGAAUCCAUAUUAAAUCUUGUAAUCGAAUCUCAUUUAGAAAUGUUUCAAUUAUUUAUAAAUAUUUUAUGUGGAGAAGAAAUUUCUCUAGAUGUACAUUCAAAUCUCAGUGUUUAUUUCGUUAAAUUAGCGAUUCGAGAAAAAUUAAACUUUCCACCUAUGAUACAGGCUUUAAUUUUUGCUGGAAGGCAACUGGAUAGUGAUUGCACUUUGGCGGAUUGCAAUAUCAAAAGUAAAUCCAAAUUACAUCUUGUACUCAAAAUUAGUGGUGGGAUGUUUCACGAAACUAGUGGUCGAAAAGAGUUCAAUGCAUUACCACCACUUACGCGAUAUACACAAACAUCUGAAGAAAACCUACAAGAUGGUGUUCAUAUUGGUAUUGCUUGUGACUCUUGUGGUAAAAGUGAAUGGAAAGGAGUAAGUUACUAUCUCCCAAUACUUCCAACCACAAAGGAAGAGAUUUUGACUUUAUUACGUGAAGAGGAACGGUUAAGAUUGUCGCCAGAAAUACAAAAACAAUAUUAUAACGUUGGGAAUGAUCCCACGCUUGGAAUAGACUGGAUGGAUGUCACUGACCAGAUGCAGAAAAAGUUGGUCAAAGAUUUUGGCUAUUCAAAUGAAGCUGUACAAUUAUUGCGACGUGCUCCGCAGCUUUAUAAAGAUUAUCCUGCAUUUCAUACCACUCAAUUAUAUGUUCGCAAUAACAUUGCUCGUAAGGGAGAUCUCACGGAAGGAAUGAAAGCACCCGAUUGCCCACUGGUUCCUUUAGAAUCAUUAGCAACUACAGUAGAGAUUAGAAAUUCUGAUACACCGAUCACGAUUUCCUUGCAUUCACUUUAUCGUUCAAGACGACCUCUUGUUCUUCUCGGAAGCUCAUAUACAUGUCCUUUAUUUCGAUACAUGUCUCAUGUACUCAAUGACAUAUAUGAACGUUAUCAAACGCAUAUAGAUUUCUACAUGAUUCAAAUUCGAGAAGCACAUGCGAGUGAUGUUUGGCCUAUUGGUAAUAUCAUAGAUGUUAAGAAACAUCGUACAUUAGCUGACCGUUUAUCUGCUGCACAAGAAAUGGUCCGGGCAACACAACUAAAGAUUCCAAUGUUGGCAGAUACCAUGAAUGAUACUUUCCUAAGAUUGUAUGCUCCGUGGCCUUUUCGCUUCUUUGUUAUUGUAGAUGGCGUUUUGAAACUUGUGGGGAUGGUAAAAGAUGCAUGUUACGAUACUACAGACCUGGUCGAUUGUCUAGAAGUUCUCUUGAAAGACAAAUAG